CCCGCCACGGACUCGGCCUCAGGGCCAUCCUCCGAAUCCGGCCCCGAAGCGGGCUCGCAACGCCUGCUGUUCUCUCACGACCUAGUGUCGGGCCGUUACCGCGGCUCGGUGCACUUCGGGCUGGUGCGCCUCAUCCACGGCGAGGACUCGGACUCGGAGGGCGAGGAGGACGGCCGCGGCAGCUCGGGCUGCUCCGAGGCCGGGGGCGCGGGCCACGAGGAGGGCCGGGCCAGCCCGCUGCGGCGCGGCUACGUGCGCGUCCAGUGGUACCCGGAGGGCGUCAAGCAGCACGUAAAGGAGACCAAGCUGAAACUAGAGGACCGGUCUGUGGUACCCCGGGAUGUGGUCCGCCAUAUGCGUUCAACCGACAGUCAGUGUGGCACGGUGAUAGAUGUCAACAUUGACUGUGCUGUCAAGCUCAUUGGCACCAACUGCAUCAUCUACCCUGUCAACAGCAAGGACCUCCAACACAUCUGGCCCUUCAUGUAUGGAGACUACAUCGCCUAUGACUGCUGGCUUGGAAAGGUCUAUGACUUGAAGAACCAGAUCAUCCUCAAGUUGUCCAACGGUGCCAGGUGCUCCAUGAAUACAGAAGAUGGCGCCAAACUCUAUGAUGUCUGUCCACAUGUCAGCGACUCGCAUUUCUUUAUCAACUUCAGUCUGAGGAUUUGUGGAGUUGGUGAAGUGAGACGUGGCAGUGGCUUGUUCCUUUGUCUCUCUGAUCCUUCAGCUUUUACCCCAAUAUCUGGCUUCCGGGUUUUUAAUAGUAAGACCAUUCAGCAGUUCAUGAUACAAUCCCAUGUUCCCUUCCAGGACCUCUUCUCAGCACUAAUCAAGGGCCCCACUCGGACUCCCUAUGAAGAUGGCCUCUACCUGUUUGACAUCCAGCUUCCCAACAUCUACCCAGCGGUGCCCCCCCACUUCUGCUACCUCUCCCAGUGCAGUGGCCGCCUGAACCCCAACCUCUAUGACAAUGGGAAGGUGUGCGUCAGCCUCCUGGGUACCUGGAUUGGAAAGGGGACAGAGAGGUGGACGAGCAAAUCCAGUCUUCUCCAGGUGCUCAUUUCCAUCCAAGGUCUGAUCCUGGUAAAUGAGCCAUACUACAACGAAGCUGGCUUUGAUAGUGACCGGGGCCUGCAGGAAGGCUACGAGAACAGUCGCUGCUACAAUGAGAUGGCGUUGAUCCGGGUGGUACAGUCCAUGACCCAGUUGGUGCGACGGCCUCCUGAGGUCUUCGAGCAGGAGAUCCGGCAGCACUUCAGUGUGGGUGGCUGGCGUCUGGUGAGCCGCAUUGAGUCCUGGUUGGACACCCACGCCAUGCUAGAGAGGGCCCAGGCACUGCCCAACGGAGUCCCUAAAGACAGCAGCUCUCUGGAGCCCCUGGCUGCAGCUGAACUCUCCGACUCCGGCCGAGAAGAGCCCGAGGAUGUAGGGAUGGCCCCCGGGGAGGCCUCCCAGGGCUCAGACUCCGAGAGUGGUGCCCAGGGCCCGGCCUCAGCCAGCAGGGACCACACAGAGCAGACUGAGACAGCCCCUGAUGCGGCAGCACCGCCCAGCGUUAGACCAAAGAGGAGGAGGAAGAGCUACCGCAGCUUCCUGCCUGAGAAGAGCGGCUACCCUGACAUCGGCUUCCCCCUCUUCCCGCUUUCCAAGGGCUUCAUCAAGAGCAUCCGAGGGGUCCUCACACAGUUCCGUGCUGCCCUGCUCGAGGCAGGCAUGCCCGAGAGCACAGAGGACAAGUAGCGGCCAGGGCUUGCGAAAGGAGUGUCAUGGUGGGAGAGGCCAGCCGCUGCCUCCUCCCUCCCUCCCUCCCUCCCUCCCUGAGAUUUUGCCCCUCUCCUGCCCCUUCCUCUCCCCAGUUGGAGCCUUCCACGGCCCUCUCCUCCCUGCGGCAAGUUUGAUGAAGUGCAAGAAGUGUCCCGAGAUGCUGCGUUCUAUCCCUCAGUGAUGUUUCAAAGGCAGGUCCCUGAGGCACUGGGAACUCCACUGAUGUCCCUUCUGUUGCCCCAGGCAGAAUGUCCUGGCACUUGUUCCCUCGCUGUCCCUUCUCAGGUCAGAGGUGGGGUGUUGAGGAACCUGCAAGUGGCAGGAGGGUGGACGUGCCUUGCAUGAAGUGCGGCUGCUCCUGCAAUGCUCCUGGUCCCUUUCCUCCUCAGCUCGACUGUAGCCUCCCCACACCCCAGACCCUCCUGCUGCCACGCUGGGUCCUCUACUUCCCCAUACCUCCAUCUCUUGGAGCUGUGGCUGCUGUGGCCGCUGUGGCCUGUCAGUGCGUUAUAGCCCUUAGACCUGUUGCACUUACUCUCUAAGAGAGGUUGGGACUAAGCUAAGGUUUGGUAAUACCAAGAGAGGUGGUAACCCCCACAGGAACUCGGAGGUAAGGACAGGGUGCCGCUGGCAAAGAGAUGGCUGUAGGUGCCUUGCUCUUCCAGUCCAAGCUGGCAGCGACACUGGCAGUCCUGCCCAGACCUGCCUGUGCGGCCUCUACUGACAUCCGCUCCAGCCAGCCUCGUUUUGUCCCUACUGAGGCCACAGGAGCAUCUGCACAAACCAGGCCAGCAACAAAGGCCUCUCCCCAUCCAGUGGCUCCUGUCAGCCUUGGCUUACAGACUCUGCAAGCGCAGUCAGAGGGAGGGAGGGAGGGAGGGAGGCUGGGAGGCUGGAUGCAGCGGGAGCUCCACCCCACCCCACAGGCACAGAGGUUUACAAGUUUCUAAGCUUUUGAUAAUGUGAAGCUCCAGAUCAGAGGAUGCUGUUGAGCACAUUGCAGCUGUGUCAUUUCCGGUGUAUGUAUGUAAUAUUUAAGGUUGGGAAAAUAAAUCUCAAAAGCUAACUCUUACUAGAAAAAAAGACAAAAGACAAAACAGACAAAAAAAAAAAGCCAAAGCAUGAUGCGUCUUGUCAGCCUUAAAUGGGCUCCACGCCUGUGCUGUGCAAGGACCGCCGGGCAUCAGAGCCUUGGGAAGGACAGAACCGGAAACUGGAACACUCACCGGGAACCCGUCGCUACCUUGCGGACAUCAUGAGUGCCUGGUGGGGCUGUGCAUCCCAGGGCAUCAUUCAUGUGGAGAUGUGAAUGCCUACUGCUUAUAAUAUCUGUAUAAAGUGCUGUGUGAUUAAACUUUUUUUUUACUUGCAUUUUUUGGGGGGCUGGCUCAUUAACAAGACAAAGUGACACCAUUAAACCUGCCUCUGCCGUUCA